GCCACUGUUGCCGGUGGGGCCAUCAGGAGUGGCGCUGCAGAUCGGCCCCUCGGUGCCGGUAUUGUGCGGGCACGCACAAAUCAGCUCUGUGCCUCCAGAAGAUCCAGGCGGGCACACCCGUCCCCCGUAAGUGCUGCAACUGUGGUGGUGAACAUAACGCCCACUACCACUCCUGCCCGAUGAAGCCUAAACCAUCUCGGGUCGCGGCGCCUGACCACCACCCUCAGCAAGGCCGCCCUAGGCUUGUGUUCCGCCCUGCUCCUCUCCCUCAGUCUUCGGCCUGGGCCCGGGGGGCUCCCACAACGUCCGAGUUUCCGCCCCUGCCGGGCUCGUCCGCCCCUGCUGCCCCAGCAUCACCCACUGCCACCCCUGUGCCUCGCCAGGCUCCUGCUCCGGCACCCCAGCCACAGCCUACCGUCCCCCCUGUGCCGGCUGCCAGUUCCCCCGCUGUCGAUGGGUCGACCCCUGUCCUCCAUCAGAUCCUCGCUGCAGUCACCCAGCUGCAGGAGACGCUGGCUGCAACGAUCUCCAGGGUGGCGGCCUUGGAGCAGCGAGUCUCCACGCCCCUGCCUGUGCGUGAGCUCUCCUCCAUCCCGGCCCCUGCUCCAGCUUCAGCCCCGGCCCCGUGCCCUGCCCUGCCGUCUGCUGGUGAGGCCAUGGACGCCGAUAGUGGGGACAGUGUGGUUCCCCCUGCGGGCCAGAUGCAGAACACCCCUGCAACCCCACCGGCUGUGGUGACUGCAGCUGCCGAGGGAACGGCCGAACCUCGCCAUGGCCAGACGGGUCCUUCACCUUCACCUGCUGAUCCUCCACUGCAGUGGGAGGCCACACUCCAGGUGCUGCUGGCGCAGUUUGCUUCCCUGACUCAGCAGGUGGCUGAGCUCUAUCAUCGGAUCACCCCACUCCUUGACCGGCAACCACCCCCUCCUGACCAGUGUUUGCUGAGUGACCACUUUGCCCUGGAGACGACCAUCCCGAUCCAGCCUGCCCCUGCUGUGUCCCGGAAGCGGUUGGCUGUCCCUGCUGCCCGGAUGCCGCGCCUCGUUGCCGAAGUCGGGGCGUGGUACCAUACUGUGAAGGGAUCAUUUGCCGACGCCGCCUCGCUGUACCAUGGCCUGCUGGACACCGUCGAGAGUUUUGUUGCAGCUGGCAGGGCCCCUCCAAGGCCCGCCAAGCGCCGCCUGCAGACCUACGCCUCGGACCCGGCUGUCUCCAACUGUCAGCGGACCCUUGCCUCGUACCAGCGGCGCUGGCAGCAGGACCCCGCCGAUCGGGCUGCCCGCGAUGCCAUGGUCGCUGUGGCGCGCCACUUCACUGAACUCAGACAAGAGGCCCGGUCACGACACUGGGUCGCCUUCCUUGCCAGCGUGCGCAAGACCCGCUCCCUGCGGGAGGUUUGGCACCAUGUCAACAGGGUGAGAGGGAGGACCAAACGGCUGGUGAGUGACCCUGACCCUGCGGGCCGGGCCCAGGACCUGAUGCGCCAGUGGCAGAGGGCCUCCUCCCUUGGUGGUCUCCCUGCACAACACCAGGCCGAACUUGCCCGCCACAGGGAGCGGCGGAUGGGGCUCGUUCAGCACCACGUCACACUUCUGGAUGACACAUGUGUCCCCAUUACCCACGAUGAACUCCUUCUUGCCGUCAAACAUGGCAAGUCGACAGCCCCGGGCCACGACGGGUUGACUUACGACAUUCUUAAUGCCUUACUCGUUGUGCAAGGUGACAACCCCCUGCUUGACCUGUUCAACAUGUCGUUUGCCGCAGGUUCCCUCCCCCCUCCGUGGAAAGCUGCAUUGAUCGUUCCCAUCCCCAAGGGUGAUGGCACCUUUCGCCCUAUCUCCCUGAUGAGCUGUGUGUGUAAACUGUUAGAGCGGGUGAUCUUGAACAGACUUCUCUAUAAGCUGGGGGACCGGCUCUCCCCAAACUUACAUGGGUUUAUGAAGGGCCGUUCCACAAGUGACUGUUUUCUUAAGUGCCUUAGUAAUCCAGACGUGAAUUGUCGCGCUUUUGUGGACUUAAAAGGGGCCUUUGAUAGGGCCAACAAGGAUGUCAUAAUGGGGGAACUCACUCUGCAGGGUGUCCGUGGAAGACUCUUAAGCUGGAUCAGGGACUAUUUGUAUGGUAGGAGGGCGCAAGUGGUCUUCCAGGGUGCUACCUCCACGUAGGAAGUGUUUGAGCUGGGCACACCGCAAGGGGGUGUCCUCAGCCCCAUGCUUUUCAACAUUUUAAUGGACAAAAUUGCUCGGUGGCCCUUUCCGGGCAAUACUCAGGUCAUUAUCUAUGCAGAUGACAUCCUUGUGCAAUGCAGCAGUCCUGCUCUUCUCAGUUUAGCUUUGGAGCAGCUGUCAGCGCUGUGUGAACCAAUGGGCCUUGUCAUCAAUGAAACUAAGACGAAAUUUCAAGCCAGUGGGAGGAGAGUUUCUCACCUGCCCAGCGUUAAUGGCACUCCUUUAGCUAGAGUUCCUACAUACAAGUACUUAGGCGCCCCUGUCAGCUUCCAGAAAUCUGUGCAGAGCGUCACUCAUGUUCAGGACAUCUGCCUUCCUAGGUUAGCUCCUCUUAAGGUUUUGGCUAACAGGGGCCUUGGAGUCGGCAUCCCUGUCCUCAGGAUGUUUUACCUUUCUGUCGUCAGGUCCCUCAUUGAUUAUGCUGCCCCUGUUUUGGUACAGUUUAGUGCGGCACAGCUUCACCCCUUGGAACUUAUUCAAAAUGAGGCCAUGCGCCUCAUUCUGGGAUGCCCCAGAACUGCAAAACUUGAGGUCAUGAGGGCAGAACUGAAUCUGCCUCGUGUUGUGGACAGAAUCUGGGAAAUUACUUGUCGCACCGUCAGCCGCCUGCUUCGUGCUGGUGCAGUGCCCCUUCACCAGGCACUGGUAACUCUGCACCGUGACUCCAGGGCUCCUGUUACCUCCUACCUUAGGAAAAUUUAUCUCAUGUUAGCAGAGACUGGUGUGUUAGAAGCGUGCUUAGGCCUAGUUUACUCCCCGGCCCAACCUGCCUGGCCUCCCUAUCGUGUCAGUGUAGACGUUGAACAACUACCUUUCCCUAAACGUGAUUGGCUUCCCCAUGUCCUCCAGGAUCACUUCAUGGUCAAACUGUCCAAGUACCCCCGUGUUCGGGCUGUCCAUGUGUACUGUGAUGGUUCCGUAGAUGGCAGCAGGUCGGGCUGUGGCGUGUUUAUCCGGGAUUACGCUUCCCCCACCCAGUACACUGACAUUGAGGUUACCAGGCGGCUGCCGGGGUACCUGUCCUCGACCCGGGCUGAGCUGUAUGCCAUCCUUGAGGCUCUCCACACUGUAGCAGCUUUGCACGAAAAUGUCUACUUGUUUGUCGAUAGCCAGGCUGCAUUGCAUGAACUUGUGUCCUCCUCCGCUACCGACUGUGAUCUUGUAGCUAAGUGCCUGACUGCCGUCCGUGCCCUUGAGGCCGCAGGUGCCACGGUCCACUUCACCUGGGUGCCCUCUCAUGUGGGCAUCCAGCUCAAUGAGAAGGCAGACUGCCUUGCUCGACGAGCCCUUCAGGAUGACACAGUGGGCCCUGGCACUGACUAUACGCUUAGCUAUGUUAAGAAUAGACUUAGGCAUUAUUCACGUGAUAGCAUUGCUACCCAACUCAGACACUGCUGUGACAAUGGCAGCGCCAGCAGCCUCCACUAUGUUAGUGUCUCCCAGCGCUGUGUUUACCCCUAUGGGCGACACAGUGCCCCUCAGGACGUGGUAGCAAUGCGCCUUAGGCUAGGCUAUAGGUACUACUGGGAGGUUAGUAACUCCCCUGGUGUCUGCUGCACGCUCUGUGCCAGGCCGAGGGGCCACACAUUGCAUCACUAUGUCAUGGAAUGCCCUCUCAUUGCUAAGUUUAAGCCACGGGACUGCCUUGACCUGCCCCAGACAAUUUGUUGGCUCCUGAACCAUGAUGUCCUCCCUGCUAUCCUCAAAGAACACCCUCAGUUUGCACCAAGGUGGUGAUGCCGUGUGUGGCAGCCUGAACUACUGCCGUGCUAUACAAGGCUGUGAUCUCUGCAGUAUUUUACUUUAAGGACUAGUAUUACUCUAUCUCUGUAUUCAUUCCCAUCUAGUGCUUGGGCAAUGUUCUCCGUCCCCACAUUUUAUUGUCUUAUUGUCCAGGGGGAGGUACUGCCCCCUCCCUUGUUGUGCUUUCCUUCCUACCAUUGUAUCUUUUUAAUUUCAUGGUGCUACCCACACAUGUAUUAAUAGUUGUAUAAUUACACUCUGUCCUGCCUAGGGGUUGGGAUGGCAUGUUCCUCCCUUCUCCCUUGUUGUUUACCUGCAACAAUAAACUAUCAAUCAAUCAAUCAUCAAUCAUAAAGAGAAUCCUAUUCGGAUAUCGUA